AUGUGGCCGAUAUCGGAUCCCGUAUUCAACACCUCCGGCUCAGUGACAGCUUAUUCCCACGGCAACAUCAAUUUUCGCAUAGCGACUCAGACGCAACAGGCAAAGUGCGAUCGUGCUAUGACCGUUCGCCAUCAGGAAGAAGCCGUCAGGGAUACCCCGCCUGGGUUCUACCGCAUCGGGACAGAGUGCACUAGCGCGGAGCAGCUGGGCCUCGCGCCGGCCGCCCAAAAUCCACCGGAUACGGUCGAGCUGCUUAUGAGCAGAAUGAUGGUUGCCAAUCACUUCGAAGCUAACGAUUUAGCCCGACACAGGUUACCCAAAACUUCCAACAACACUACCAAAACCUUCUACAAAAUGUUCACUACCUUGAUCAAGCUCACUACCCUCAUCUCCUCUGUUGCUCUUAACGGAGUAUCCUCUUUUGCACAGGCUGUUCUUGCCUAUGCGCUCACUGAGCGCAGCCGCCUUGAUGACCUUGAAGCCCAGCUCUUGGUCAGGGAGCAAGUGACUGUUCAAAAGAGAGCUCAUGUUACGCGGGUCUGUGCUGUUGUUGCCCGGUCUGUUGACGCAGAUGAAGAGUGUGCUGAGGAAGAAGUCAAGGAAGAGGAUGUUCGCGACACAGAAAAGACCAUUUAUGAGAUGAAUGCUCCCUUGGAUGAAGAAGAGCUUGACGCCCCUGUCGACAAGGCUUGCAGUGGCCCUGCCUUUUGGUAUGCUGGCCGCUGUGGCAUGUUCAGCAGCGAGCUCAACUUCAUCCUUGAGAGUGAUGAAGAAGAAGAAGAGUUUAGCAAUGAAGAGUCAAUCUUCACUGCUGAACGUCGCAGCUUGAGCCCAUCCGCCGAGUCCGUCGAGCUGGGCAACUUCUACGCGCCCAUAAAUGCGCCGUCUUUGGGUUCUCUGAAGACCAAAAUCUAUGAAAGCUCCACCCAUGGGUAUUUUGGCGCCGUUUUUAACGAGAGGCGUCACUUUGACGUCUGUAUACACCAUGGCAUGGGCCAGGAGUCUAUUUCUCAUAUGUAUUUGGACAUCACUGAGGACUCUACCCCUGCUGUUACCACCCUCUCAUCCUUCUUCGUUUUAGACGAAGAUGAAGAGGAGCUCCCCGAACUCCCCACUGAGUGGAUGACUAGCUGUUCUGCAGUCGAGUGUACCGCGGGAAAGUUCUGA